AUGUUGCGCACAACAAUAGCAAUGGUCACACAAACAAUUGGCCCAAUACUUUUGAUUACUUUUUUAACAGCGAUUACAGAAUAUAAAGUUGCUGUUUCAUUAAAAGCUAGAAGAAUACUUUUUGAAGCACAAAAUAGAAGUCGUUCUGUUGUUGCUUUGGAAGAAUUGAAAGAAAAAGUUUCUAGAACUGUUUCGAUAUUUAUUGCUAUUAAAUUUUUGAUUUUAAGGUGGGUAUUUAUAUUGUUAAACUGCUAA